AUGUAUUACCCGAACAAAUACUCCCUUAAAGUACGCACUUCCGCUAAGCCAAAAUUGGCUUUCUCCCAGCAAAGAAAUUUUUCGUUGCGGGACCCGCAAUCGGUGGGCGUGUCAAUAAAAAUAAAAAUAUUUUUGGGUAUUCCAAUGUAAAACUGUUGUUCGAAGGGAAUUUUUGCAAAGGUAAGUCAGUUUUUAUACCUAGUUUAGCUUGAAAAUGCAAUAAUUGUUCUUAUUUGUCCAAAUUUUCGACAUUUUUCGCAAUGUUACAUGAUUUUUGAUGUAAAUCAAGGUUGGCUAUGGAGAAUUUUAGUUUUUUGGUUGUAAUUUCAGGAAAAAGCGCAAAAUCGUCCAUCCCGACACCGGAGUCACCUCCAAGGUCAUGAACAUCGAUGUUUUUUGAACCGAUCGGUAUGUUGUUUUAGAUCAUUAUUGAAUUAUUUUUUUAGAUUUUUGGGUAA